GAUUCUGAUUGGUCACCAGUUCCGGGUGUAGCGGUAGAAGUUGAGUGUGUAGCAGCUGAAUCAUGGCGAUUUUAUCACGAAUAAUCUCGGCCUUGAAGCUCUACCUGGUCGGCGUGAAGCUUCUGCUUUAUCAGCUCAUUCACAGGCCUUUUAUUUCUCCAGUUUUGCCAGAGCAGCAUGGAAAGGUUGCCAUAGUUACAGGAGGAACACGUGGCAUCGGAUACGAAAUAGUGAAACGACUCCUUAAUCUGGGAAUGCAGGUUAUUAUAGCCUCUCGUGAUCAACAACAAGGCCUCGUUGCAGUGGAAAGGCUUCGUAAAGAGAGUAGUGAAGCUCAAGUGGACUUUGAGCUUCUGGAUCUGGCCUCCCAGAGCUCCGUGCGAGAGUUCGUGCGACGGUUUAAAGAACGAAAACUGCCCUUACACGUACUCAUCAACAACGCGGCUGUAAUGCUAGUUCCCGAGGAGAAAACAGACGACGGUUUCGAGCUUCACUUCUCCGUUAACUACCUAGGUCACUUUCUCUUGACUCGGCUCCUUCUGGACACGCUGGCACGUUCUGGGACGGAGGAAUGUUCUAGAGUAAUUAGCAUUUGCUCUUCGGCGCACUACGUGUCCGAUAGAAACCUGCGGGACUUUCGCAGCUUGCAGGAUUACAGUUCCCAUGCCUCGUACACCCGAAGUAAACUGGCGCAGCUCCUGUUCACCUAUCACCUCCAUCAGGAGCUCCAGACCGCCGGGUACGCCGUGACGGUGAAUGCUGUAGACCCAGGCAUGGUGGACACCGAGCUGUACCGCCACAUGAGCUUUCCAGUAAAACUGGCACAAAAACUUAUCGCCUGUCUGUUGUUCAGGACUCCGGCGCAGGCGGCAGAAACAGCCGUGUACACAGCGGCAUCUCAGGACUUUGAAGGCGUCAGCGGCUGCUACGUACACGAAGGAAGACCCGUGAAAUCAUCUCCGGCUUCUUACGAUGCCAAGCUCCAGGCUGAACUGUGGGAAAACACCUGCAGGCUGUUACGACUCCCAGUUAAAGACGUCAGAGAAUUAUGAGGGAAACGAGUCGGGUUUUUAAUCAAAGCAGGAAAUGUUUUUACUUUGUGUCUUUGUUUUUAUGUGUUCGGUGUGAACGAGGUAUAAAAUGUAGAGAGUAUAAUAUCAGCAUAAAAAUGUCGUAUGUGUUUCACAGUGCACAAAAAGAAGCCGUAGACUCGGCAUAUGAAACACGUCCUGACUGACGUGGAGUAAAGACGGAUUUGUUUCUGUGCAUUCCAUUUUUCUUUCCGUCUUGAUAACGUGAUUAGUCCACUUUUUUGCACUGAAAGACUGUGAGAAUGUACAGUACAGAACUAUUGUGUUUUCAUAUAAAAAUAUAUAACGUUGUGGUUUGUUAUUUAUAAUAAAAACGUGUUUUCAUUUA